GCCGACUCAUGGGAACUUGUGGCCCUUAAUUGUGCAUUGACCCUAAUGGAGUCUAGGAUCUGGUAGAACUAACAUCUGGGGGCGACAAGCAUGCCGAAAAUUGAUAAUGAAGAACGCAAGUGGAUUGUCGCGAACGGACUCAAACGCAAUUUACAUGGGCUCCCAGCCUUUCUUAAUCACAUUUCGAUCCUACCCACCAUAACCGCAGCCACGUCAAGGGGUGUCCCAGCAGACAUACAUACUGCACGCACGUCUUGUUCAAAAUGGGAUGUACCGAUCUGGAUUGCAACCAGCCACCGGCGCGAGCGCACCACCCUCCCCACGACUGGGGAAGCUCAUCCGGCCAACCCCGCAAAUGUGCAUAGCAAUAUCGACUUGCCGAUAAGCCUUUAUCUCCAGGGUGGUUGCUACUAUGAGUGCUUGAUAUCGAGUGUUUUGUCCGCACCUCAAUGCACGACAUUCGGGUUUACCCGUAAGCUUUGGCGCCACGAUAAAUCGUAUACCGAGCGUAAGGACGUCGGGCCACUGAACCAACUGUUGAUGUGUUUCAUGGCAGCGAGUCGCUACAUCGCGACUCGCGGCAAACUAUCAAUCACAGAAAGAGGAACAAUUGUCCGCGUCUGUGUCGGCUGCAGUGUAUGCCAAAAAUAGGUAGAUGGGCGACAAAAAAACGUGUCGCGGAAGAGUUGUGUUCACGCAAUCUUUCGAAAAUAAGUAGAGUACGCUUGCAAAUAUUCGGGCUAGCUGGUUUUGUCAAGCGAGGGUGAGAUCAACACGAAGCAACUGUGAUCUUAGAGAACAUGUGGACUCGUGUCAGUACGCCUCGUACAAGUCUGUCUUAGUUGGGCGAUCGAAAAGUCCCUCU